GACUGCGCGGGGUCACGGUGCGUAUAUAAGCAAAACCCCUCUUGCUCCGUACCUUCAUCCUCGUAAAGCAAAUCACAACAUUCACAAAGAGUAUCAGAGAAUUAACAUGUCAGGCAGUUGGACAGACGAUAUCUUGCUCAAGAUUGCAAACAUCAUCGUUUACUUCCUUUUCCUUGGUUCCAACGUCUACACUGUAGCGACACCUCAUGAUAUCUACUUCACUGGCAGGGAUACAUACAUAACACCUGCUCCAUGGGCCUUUUUGAUCUGGUCUCUCAUCCACUUGCUUCUCCUGGGUACCAUCAUCUACCAGUUCACCGCCUCUGGCAAGAAAGUAAUAAUUGAUGGCAUUUCAUGGCGCUUCCCUCUCCUCGGCAUCCUGAAUGCGAUAUACGUACAUUUAUGGGCAUCCCAACACUAUAUAUUCGCAUUCGUCCUUGCUUUGUUCGUAAGCAGUGCUAUCUCCCACAUCUACUACACGGUGAAGAAGUUCCACGCACCUGGUAACAUCGGUGACGAAGUUUUGGUCCACUUGCCCUUCUCCCUUUACCAUGGGUGGACUACCGUUCUUGUUGUUAUCACUGCGUUCCAAGCAUUCGGCGUCAACGCGAUUCUUGAACCAGCCGGUGUUUGGACUAAGGUUUUCGCAUUCCUUGCUCUGUUCUUCCUUGAGGCGACUGCGGCCACAUAUGCUUUCUCCAGCCCUGAGGGUGACCUUCCUGCCAGCUUCGCGAUAACGUGGUCCCUGUUCGCGAUCUUUGCUCAUCAAAAUGUUCACCGCUCGGGAUUCAUUCACUGGUCUGCACUCGCGUUUGCAUUGCUCUCUGCGUUCUGGGUUUUCAUGGGUAUCUUUGGCACGUACAAGCGGUACAGGGUUGUCAGUGGUUCAAUCCUUUUGGACGAAGAGCGUGCACCACUUGUUGGCGGUGAAAAUUGAAACGUUUUUGAAAGCAAUUCGAAGAGAACGAAGAUGAACCCAUAUGACUAUUGAAUGUCCUUUUUGACAUUGACGUAGGAUUUCCUAAUGUACUUCCCGUUAUGAACAUUCUUCUUGCAUGGCUAGUGCUGUUGUCUUUACUUAUGAGUUGUACUGUAGUUUGCUUGUAUAUCUAUGGCCGAAUCAGCAAAAGCGUUAUCGAUUCAGUUGAACUUCU